AUGUUAGCAACCACAUGCUACUCCUUUCUAGAGGUAAUCAUUCUGCCGGCACCAAAUGCGAUUUUGAUGAUCGUGAAGACGGGAUCCAUCACAACCUUGGGAACGCCAGGAUUUUGGCCUAAAAGGGCCGGCAGGCGGGAAGUUGGGUCAAGGUUUGGCCCGUUUGACACGCCGUGGAUAGUAUGGACCCCCGAACAGGGUUACCCCAGAAGGGGUACCACCGUUGAGAAGCUUUUCCAGCGCCUUCAACGCAAGAGGGGCAAAGCUGAAGAGGAAGAGAUGGAGUUUCAGUGGGAGAGCCCCCCUUCUGCUGAUUUCCCAAACAUCACCAUCCACUGGGCCGAAAACUGGGCCGGCAAGUGCGGCGGGGAUUUGACGCUGAACCGGCGGGACGGCACCGAAAAGAUCCUCCGUGAGGAGGCCAACCGUCUAGGCUUUGAUGCCGUGGUCAUUCGCUCUGGGGUGCAUAACGAGACUAAUCAAUACGCGGCAGACGGAACCCUUCUGACUUAUAUCGAUCCCAGGACCGGGAAGAAGCGGAACUUGACAGCGGAGGACGACCCGCAUAUAACAGUUUAUAUGGGGUACGAUCUCGACAACUUGGUCGUCCAGGGCCAUGUUUACAUCGUGUGGGAUCGCAAGGCACCCUACGAUAUGCGCAUUGUAAAGGACGCUUCCGACAGGAAGAUCGUGCAGCCCUGGCGUCAGCCUGUCGCGUCUGAGUACUGGUAUCUUUGA